UUCCACGUUCCUCCCAAGUCUUCCCUCGCCAAUCAACCAACAAUGACAAAAGAAGUCGAAGCCUCCACCGAGGCCGCCAAACCCAUCACCCGCACAGAAGAAGCUCAGCAUGCCGCCGCCGACGAAAAGGAAAUGUCGCUGAAGCAAGCAAUAAGGCUCUAUCCCAAAGCCGUGGGAUGGUCUGUCGUUCUAUCCAGCACUCUCAUCAUGGAAGGAUACGAUCUCGCGCUGCUGGGCUCACUGUACGGAAGCCCGCAGUUCAAUAUGAAGUAUGGCGUGCAGAAUCCAGAGACGGGAAAGUGGAGUGUUCCUGCUAAUUGGCAAAGUGCGCUGUCUAACGGCGCGCGUGCUGGCGAGGUCAUUGGGCUCAUCAUCAAUGGAUUCGUCAGUGAGCGGUAUGGAUACCGCAAGACUAUGAUUGGAGCUCUGAUUUCAAUGAUUGCGUUUAUCUUCAUCUUGUUCUUCGCGCCGAACGUCCAGACGCUGGUCAUUGGAGAGGUACUUUGCGGCAUACCUUGGGGUUGUUUCCAAACGUUGAGCACUAGUUAUGCUUCGGAAGUAGCACCUGUUCAGCUCAGGCCGAUCUUGACGACGUUUGUGAAUAUGUGUUGGGUAAUGGGACAGUUCAUUGCUGCAGGAGUGAACCGUGGUUGCGUAACUCGGCAAGAUGAAUGGGCGUAUCGCAUUCCUUUCGCAUUGCAAUGGAUAUGGCCUGUUCCAAUCAUGAUAGGCGUUCUCCUAGCCCCCGAAAGCCCGUGGUGGCAUGUGCGGCGCGGUGAUAGAGCAGGUGCCCGAGUUGCACUGCUCCGUCUCACGUCGCCCGAGAAGAAUCCAAACUUCAACGCCGACGAAACGAUCGCCAUGAUUGAGCACACCAACGAACUCGAGAAGCAGAUCACCGCAGGGACGAGAUGGAGAGAUCUUUUCAAGGGGAACGAUUUGAGGAGGACCGAGAUUGUAUGCUUUGCGUGGAUCGCGCAGACAAUCUGCGGAACGAACAUCAUGGGAUACUUCGCCUACUUUAUGCAAAAAGCCGGAUUGCCAACCAUCCAAUCCUUCAACAUGUCCAUGAUCUCCCUCGCCCUCGGCCUCCUAGGAACAAUGGGCUCAUGGUUCCUAAUGCGGCACCUCGGCCGGCGCACCAUCCACUUAUCGGGGGGCAUCAUGCUCUUCCUAACGCUCCUAAUCGUGGGAUUCUGCUCCCUCUCCAACACGGCGGCGUCGAAAUGGGCGACAGGCGGCAUGCUCAUCCUCUUCGUCUUCAUCUACGACUUCACCAUUGGCCCCGUCACGUACUCGAUCGUUUCGGAGAUGUCGUCGACGCGGCUCAAGGCCAAAACCAUUGUCCUCGCUCGCGCCCUGUACAACAUGUCCAACAUCGUUGUCAACGUCCUGACAAACUACCAGCUCGGUGAAGCGAGUUGGAACUGGGGGGCCAAGACGGCGUUUUUUUGGGCGGCGACGUGCGGGGUUGUCGUUUUGUGGACGUUUUUUCGGUUGCCGGAGCCAAGGGGGAGGACGUAUGGGGAGCUCGAUGUGCUGUUUGAACGCAAGAUUAGCGCGAGGAGGUUUGCGAGUACCGAGGUCGAUCUCGCGCUGCAUGUUGUCCCUGUGGCUGGGACUUCUGAGAAAUAG